UAUUUGUGCUGCCGUGUGUAGCACUGACUGCAGCAGAGGAUGAGCUCAGAUCUUCGGUCUGGACGGUCUCCGCCGCCAACACCCAAACACAGUGCGGUAAAAACAGGCGAGUGUCGCUGAGCUGAGCCUCUCUCUAAUGAGUGAGUCGACGGGAGGAGCCAUGAGUCACCAGUGAGUGAACUCUGUCUGCACCAUGUCGUUCAAGAAGGAGACACCCCUGGCUAAUGCUGUGUUUUGGGCAGCAAGAAAGGGAAACUUGGCUCUUCUUCAGCUGCUGCUCAACAGCGGCCGCGUGGACUCCGACUGCAAAGACAGUGUAGGAACGCUGCAUGUCCAGGCCGCUCAGCUGCACGUUUUAACCAUAUACCAUCCGUGGUAGGGAGACGGAGUAUGGCACCACAGCACUGAUGGUCGCAUCAUACAGCGGCCAUUAUGAAUGUGUCAAAGAACUCAUCAUGCAAGGAGCUGACAUCAAUUACCAGAGAGAGACAGGUUCUACUGCCCUGUUUUUUGCCUCACAGGAAGGUCAUCAUGACGUUGUGAAGCUCCUCUUUGAGUUCGGUGCUUCCACUGAAUUCCAGACAAAAGACGGCGGCACAGCUCUCACUGUUGCUGCGCAAUACGGACACUCUCAGGUGGUGGACAUCCUACUGAAGAAUGGAGCCAACGUUCAUGACCGGCUGAACGAUGGUGCCACACCUUUGUUUCUCGCUGCCCAGGAGGGUCACGUGACUGUGAUUCGUCAGCUCAUUGCCAUUGGUGCGAAGGUUAAUCAAGUCAGGGAGGAUGGCACUGCCCCCCUGUGGAUGGCAGCCCAGAUGGGACACAGUGAGGUGGUAAAAGUGCUGCUGUUACGUGGUGCAGAUCGAGAUGCUGACAGACAAGAUGGAUCGACAGCAUUAUUCAAAGCAGCCCUCAAGGGACACAGCCAUGUCAUUGAGGAGCUUCUCAAGUUUUCUCCUUCUCUUGGUCUUCUCAAGAAUGGCUCAUCUGCCCUUCAUGCUGCAGUUAUGAGUGGAGAUUUGCAAAGUGUUCUGCUGCUGCUGGGGGCCAGUGCAGACCCUGCUUUACCAAACAGGAAUAACGAACUUCCUGGGGAUUUAACAAAGAACGAACGCCUCCUUAAGGUUUUAUGUCCUAAACUUUCAAGUGGCAACAGCUGAUGACAAUCCUAGCCCCCAGCCUACCUUCCUGCCUGCUCCACUUCAAUGUCCUAGGGAAAUAAAGUAACAACUCCAAUGUGUCAAAUCUACUACAAUACCACCGUUUACUGUUCAUGGUGCUUGCUUUUCAUUGCUGUAAAAUGAUAAAUAAACCUGGACGAAGUACAGAAAAACACAUAAUGUAACUGGAAAACAUUUGUCUGCCACAUGCAUCGUGUCCUCUCUGCCGGUGUUGUACAAUGUACUUAUUUAUUUAUUUAUUUAUUGUAUUGGUAUAUUUUUGGAUAUAUUUUGCAAACAAUUUAUUUGCAUUACCCUUUUUAAAAAACGUAAUAAAGUGUAAAUUUGUUUAUU